UGAGUAUAUUCAUGUAGAAACUGGCUUGGAGCCAGAUGGUGGGGAAGAUGGGAUAAGGACAGUCCUCUUCUGAAGGAAUGACUAGUAAGUAGCUUUUGUUAGGUGUAAGUUAUUUUGUAGCCACGUUGUCUUUUUCAAUGGAAAAUUGGCUCCUGCUGGAUUUGCAGUGUUCUGGAGAAGUUACACUUGGAGUUCGAGGAGGGUGUCAUGUCAUAGUGGUGGCUGCGUAGUGGGACAGAAUGGCUCCCGGCACUUAGUGGGAAAAGAAGAAACUGCAUCAGGCGGAGCAGAUGGUUGAACUUGGAAAAGUGAAGAGCGGGUCAGGAGACAGUUAAUCACGUAAUGAAAACAAGCUUUGGUGUCAAAUGUGGCCAUUCCUAGGUACGGUGGAGCACAAGGAGCUUGGUAGAAUCGGGGUUGUAGCUGACGACUGACUGUUGAGGGAGAAGCGAGCCGCUGCUCAAAGUGCACGUUCACUUUUAAGUUUCCCUUGAUGCCGAAGAAACAUUCCUGUCCCCGCCUGCAGGUCCUCUGGACACCUCGGCCAUGGCUUCCGUAUCCGAGCCUGUUACGUUCCGAGAGUUCUGCCCUUUGUACUCUCUCCUCAAUGCCAUUCCCACAAAGAUCCAGAAGGGUUUCCGCACCAUCGUGGUCUACCUCACGGCCCUCGACACCAACGGGGACUACAUCGCCGUGGGCAGCAGCAUCGGCAUGCUCUACCUGUACUGCCGGCACUCCGGCCAGAUGAAGAAGUACAACUUCGAGGGAAAAACAGAAUCCAUCACGAUGGUGAAGCUGCUGAGCUGCUUCGAUGACCUCGUGGCUGCAGGCACAGCCUCCGGGAGGGUUGCAGUGUUCCAGCUUGUGUCUUCCUUGCCCGGGAGAAAUAGACAGCUUCGGAGAUUUGAUGUCACUGGUAUUCACAAAAAUAGCAUAACAGCUCUGGCUUGGAGCCCCAAUGGAAUGAAAUUGUUCUCCGGAGACGACAAAGGGAAAAUUGUCUAUUCGUCUCUGGAUCUAGACCAGGGCGUCUGUAACUCCCACCUGGUGUUGGAAGAGCCAUCGUCAGUCGUGCAGCUAGAUUACAGCCAGAAGGUCCUGCUUGUGUCUACCUCGCACAGGAGCCUGCUCUUUCACACCGAAGAGAAGUCUGUCAAGCAGAUCGGAACACAGCCGAGGAGAAGCACUGGGAAAUUCGGGGCUUGUUUUAUACCAGGACUUUGCAAGCAAAGCGAUCUGACCUUGUACGCGUCACGGCCGGGGCUCCGGCUGUGGAAGGCUGACAUCCAUGGGACGGUUCAAGCCACGUUCAUCCUAAAAGAUGUCUUUGCUGGAGGAGUCACGCCUUUCGAACUGUACCCGCGUCUGGAGACCUCCGACAGGGGCAGUGGCAGCUUGCCUGAGAAACACCUGGGGCUCGUUUCGUGCUUCUUCCAGGAAGGCUGGGUGUUGAGUUGGAACGAAUAUAGUAUUUACCUCCUAGACACCAUCAACCAGGCCACAAUUGCUGGUUUGGAAGGAUCAGGUGAUAUUGUGUCUGUUUCCUGCACAGAAAAUGAAAUAUUUCUCUUGAAGGGAGAUAGGAACAUUAUAAGGAUUUCGAGCAGGCCUGAAGGACUAGCAUCGAUAGUGCGAGAUGCUCUGGAGCCACCGGGCCGCGCAGAGAGGCUGUCGGGGGCCUCGGGGGCCAUGGCAUCCGAGCCGGGCGAGCCGGGCAGCAGGAGCGGCUCACUCACCUCCACCGACAGCGGCUCGGGGCCCCGCACAGCCCCGGAGGAGCGGGCCGAGGACAGCCAGCCCGCCUCGCAGAGGUUCAGUGUCAUCUGCUCAGAAGACUUUGACCAGGAGCUGGUCGUGCAGCCUCUCAGAGUGAAGAAGAGGAGGAGGAGGAAGACAGAAGGCGGAAGCCGGAAUGCUUGCCACAGUUCCCUUGAAUCGACUCCCUGCUGUGAGUUUCCUGGUGACAGCCCCCAGUCCUUGAACUCAGACGUGCUGUCCCUGACCUCAAGUUUGGGCAGCAUCACGGACCAGUUGAGCACAGAGUCUCCCGACCAGGAGAGCAACUUCAGCAGCGAGGUGAAUGGUGUCCUACAGGAAAGCAGUGACCCCGAAGCAUUUGGUGUCCUGGAGGUGCCUGAACCCACCCCUGACUUACCAAACGAAGACGGCGACGGCAGAACCGAAACCUCACGACGUGACCGUGCAGGCAAGAUGGAGCUGCACGGCGGGGCGUCCAGUUCACUGUCACAAGGCAGGGAAGAUGGGGAAGGUGGGGAUGCCACAGAGCUCGAGGAGGAGCCUUGCUCUGCAGACGAAGCACCGAAUAGCAGACAGUCACCCUGCCAAGAACAGGACAGCUCUGCCGAGGCCCAGGAGGCGGAGGUCUUGGAGCCUGAUGAGCCCCGAAGCGCAUUUUCUGAAGCCCCCCUCCUGCACUCACCCCCAGUGCCUUCUAGUCUCAGCUGGGCCCCCAAUGCUGAGGGGUGGCUGCUGGGGACCAGAGCUGACGAAGGCAGCACCGAGGAGCUCAGCGAAGAGCAGGACUUUUUAAUGCACGUGGGGGACCCUGGCCACCUCGGCUCAGAUCCCUGGCACAAUUUUACCAAUGACGACACAGUCCAGAAACCAAUGGUCACUUCCAAAUGUGACUUGGAAAGUGUGGGUAGACAACUGACUUCAUCGGUCUCUGCCUUGGCGGCCAGCACCCACGAGCCUCAUCUCGAGCAGCCUUCUCGGGACCAGGUGUUGACGUCCAGCGAUGAAGAGGACAUCUAUGCCCACGGGCUGCCCUCGUCAUCCUCGGAGACGAGUGUGACAGAGCUCGGAGGCAGUCGCUCCCUGCAGGACCUGAGCCAGCCAGCCACUGACGACACUGGGCUGCUGAAGUCAGAUCAGUUUGCAGAAAGCUGGAUGGGCUACUCUGGCCCCGGCUAUGGCAUACUCAGCUUGGCGGUCUCGGAGAAGUACAUUUGGUGCCUGGACUACAAAGGUGGCCUGUUCUGCAGCGCGUUGCCAGGCGCCGGGCUGCGCUGGCAGAAGUUUGAAGACGCCGUCCAGCAGGUGGCAGUCUCGCCCUCAGGCGCCCUCCUCUGGAAGAUCGAACAGAAAUCGAACCGAGCUUUCGCUUGUGGAAAAGUGACCAUCAGGGGGAAGCGGCACUGGUACGAAGCUCUGCCCCAGGCGGUGUUUGUGGCACUGAGCGAUGACACGGCCUGGAUCAUCAGGACAAACGGAGAUUUGUACCUGCAGACAGGUCUCAGUGUGGAUCGCCCCUGUGCCAGAGCCAUAAAGGUCGACUGUCCGUACCCGCUGUCCCAGGUCACAGCCCGAAACAGUGUGGUGUGGGCGCUGACGGAACAGAGAGCCCUUCUGUACCGGGAAGGCGUGAGCAGCUUCUGUCCUGAAGGGGAGCAGUGGAAAUGUGACAUCGUCAGUGAAAGACAGGCUUUGGAGCCUGUCUGUAUCACUCUCGGGGACCAGCAGACUCUGUGGGCCCUGGACGUCCACGGACACCUGUGGUUCAGAACUGGCGUCGUUGCCAAGAAGCCGCAAGGGGACGACGACCACUGGUGGCAAGUGAGCAUCACAGACUACGUGGUGUUCGACCAGUGCAGCUUAUUCCAGACCAUCAUGCACGCCACUCACUCGGUAGCCACGGCAGCCCAGCUGCCCGUCGAAAAGGUGGCAGACAAACUGCGCAUGGCGUUUUGGUCCCAGCAGCUCCAGUGCCAGCCAAGCCUUCUAGGUGUCAACAACAGUGGCGUCUGGAUCUCCUCGGGCAAGAAUGAGUUCCACGUCGCCAAAGGAAGUCUCCUCGGCACUUACUGGAAUAACGUGGUUCCCCGAGGGACAGCCUCUGCGACAAAGUGGGCCUUCGUGUUGGCUUCCAGCGCUCCCACAGAGGAAGGAAGCUCCUUGUGGCUGUGCCAGAGCAGCAAGGACCUGUGCCGCGUCAGCGCCCAGCACGCGCAGUCCCGCCCCUCCACGGUGCAGCUGCCGCCGGACGCCGAGAUGCGGGCCUACGCCGCCUGCCAGGACGCCCUGUGGGCGCUGGACAGCCUGGGCCGGGUCUUCAUCAGGACACUGUCCCACGGCUGCCCUGCCGGCAUGCACUGGGCACGGCUGGACCUCACGCAGCUAGGAGCUGUGAAACUGACCAGCCUGACAUGCGGAAACCAGCACGUCUGGGCCUGCGAUUCCCGGGGUGGCGUGUACUUCCGCGUGGGAACCCAGCCUCUGAAUCCCAGUCUCAUGCUUCCGGCCUGGAUCACGAUCGAGCCACCUGUCCAGCCCGCUGGGGUCACCUUGGUCAGCGUCCACUCCAGCCCCAACGACCAGAUGCUGUGGGCCCUCGACAGCAGGUGGAAUGUGCACGUCCGAGUUGGGAUCACCGAGGAGAUGCCAGUGGGGACCGACUGGGAGCACGUGCCAGGGCUGCAGGCCUGCCAGCUGGCCCUGAGCGCCCGGACCGUGUGGGCCCGCUGCCCCAACAGCCACCUCGCCCGACGGUACGGCAUCAGCGACGAGAACCCGGCCGGAGACUACUGGAAGAAGGUUCCCGGGACCGCGACGUGCUUCACAGUGACCUCGUCAGAUGAGCUGUGGGCAGUAGGCCCCCCCGGCUACCUCCUCCAGCGGCUGACAAGGACUUUCAGCCACUCGCACACUGCCCAGAGCAGCCACGCCGCCACCCCGCACCCCGAGGACCUGGAGGACGAGUGGGAGGUCAUCUGAAGGGGCCCUCGGGCGGUCGUGCAGGAGGGAGGAAGCGAGGCUGGCGUGGAGGACGGUCGGUUUCUGAGUCACUCACUCGUGGACGCCCCUCAUCCGCUCACGCCCGGACACGUCUGGCCGCGUUGGCCACCCACGCUUGCUGUCAUCCACGUUCUUUUCCGUCUCAUUCCAGAACCCACAGCCUCAACCCAGUGAUCAGAGCCACUGCUGGGUCAGCAGCACCUCUGAACCCCGAGCCCCGAGCGGGGACAGUGGCUGCUGCCAGUCCACACACUACAGUUACCCGUGUGCCACCAUCAUCUUCUCCCUGCUGGCCACUCCGGGACCCAUUGUGGGGAGGACGGGUCCAGGCUGGGCCAGGGGACAUAGCCAUGUGCCACCGCAGGCAGCCAUGUUAGUAGCCAAAGGCCAGUGCUCUCCAAGCACUGAAUGUUUUCUCACGAUGGCUUCGUCUCCAUCCCAGGGUCCCAGCACCUCCUUCAAGGGGGCAGGUUCUAGCUCACAUUCUGUGCUCCAGCCCAGGUGGGACCAAGGCCGUGUCUGCGAGGUGGGGGCUGGCGGGCCGGGGUGGAGCACACGCACGUCCUCCACGCCUUCCUGCCCGCUCACGAGGCGGGCACGCGCGCCGCCUCCGGCCAGAACAGCGAAGGCCGGCGGGGGAUGCGGAAGCGGGACCAUAGCCGGGCUAGCCGACUCAGAAAUGUCCUCAGAGAGGCGUCCCACUCAGGCCGCUGGUGGACGUAAACCCAGCAGCAUCUCAGAGGCUGUCAAUUAAUCAUUGCCUUUUUCGCUGUAUUACAAACCUGCACAAGGUGCCUCACUUGAAGUCAAAUCUCACAAAUUUAGGAGAGAAAUGUGUUUUCUGAAGCCAGCGGAGAGGCUUCCAUUCCUUCUUGUGGUUCGUCUUGAGCCAGCGCUGUCCUCGGCCACAGCUGCAGAGGGGGCGGUGUGGCCGCAGCAUGUCCGGACAUGCGGGGUGCUCACGGGACCUGCUGGCCGGCUCCGCGCGGGCAUUCGGAUCGCCUCCCAGAAGGCCGAAGCUGGCGCCUGCUAUGGUCAGUCCCUGGGGUCAGCCCGCAGUGCCCAGCCACCUCGCUGGCAUCUGAGCUGUAGGACUUGGCAGCCCCGCGUGUCCCGCCCUGAGCCCACCGCACCUCCCCCCUGGACACAGCUCCACACCUCGCUCCGGCCCGGCUGCUGUUUCUAGCCUGCCGCUGGCCCAGGGCGCAGCUACUCGAGGCCUGUUCUCUACCAAGCAAGUGUGUCCGAGGGCCCACGGGCCACAGGUGAAGAGUGACAAAAUGUGUUCUCUGGCAGGACUCAGCCAGCGUGAAGGUGGAGGGCUUCCAGGGCUAAAUGCAGCCGAGAUGCCGAAGUCCCCCGUCUUCACACUUCACUUUUGUAGAAUCCUUUUUUUUUUUUAAGCUUGGCGACAGCAGAGGCCACCCUGGGCCGGCCGCGGCUGCUCGUCUGCAGCCACCGUGCCUGGCCCGGCCCCUCUCCCACGACAGCCCUCCGGAACCCACGGGACGUGAGUGCAAUUAAACCCCAGUCUCGCGUGAUGCUUCUGGACGACUUUCGCUUCAGUGCUUUCGUAGUUGUCUUUCUGGUUUUCAUUUUCGUUGUGCUUUGAGACAGUGCAAUAAACUAGACUUUCUGAAACGUGGGCGAGUCUGACGUUUGAGCCUGAAAAGGUGCCCUCAGCAGGCACACACGAAGGCUGGCAUUGCCACCCGUGCUGGGCAGGGUCUGCCGAGGGUCACCGACCUAGCCCCACUGCCCGGAGACCAUAGGCGGGCAUGACUUCGCGACCUGGCCUGUGUUUACAUUCGCGCCGUCUGCCCGGGGUGGCCGGCCUGAGAGAGCGGUCACCCCUGGGGAGGACAUGUUACUGUGAGCGGAGCACAGGGCCAUCUCCCCCCAGGGGCCCACGGGGACCAGGCCGCUGCCAGCGGGCUCUGCAGGCUCCGCCUGAGAAACAAAACCAAGUAUCAAAAAUGCCCACCUGGGGACCAGCACACAGGAAAGGUCACGUCCGUAACGGCAGCAGGACACGUGUACCAGGAAAGAGCUGAGCAAGAACUGUCACACGUCAAGAAAGCCAAGCCUUCCGGGAGACAUCGAAGAAAUCGAGAGUUAAGGAAAGUCGCUCGACGUUCCCGAUGCAGGAGCGAGUGUGUGGAGCAGAGACCUCGGUCCGUCUGAGGGACAUGCGGUUCAUCACAGUUCGUCAGGUCCCCACUGGGAUUUUUAUGGGGUGGGGGGGCAGUGAGGAAUUCACGGCAUAAUGUUCAUCCCAGAAACACGCCCUUGACUCUGCCGGCCGUGCUCCUAGGCUGACCUGCACAGCCUUGUGUCGUCACUAGGGUCCCGCAAGGUAAUGCUGUUUCUCCCAGUGAGACUCGGGUUAAGGAACUUGCUCAAGGUGAUGAAGGGAGCACUAGCCCAGGACCCCCAGACCUGUACCGUGUGAUGCCCGUCACUGUCCUGGGGGAGAGAACACGUGAGACUUGCCAAGAGCGGUGACAGGCCCGCGAAUGAAGCGUGACGUUAGGCAGUCCGGCAGGGCCCACAGGGAGUGAGCGUGAGGCCGGCGGCAUCGCAGAUGAGGGGCCAGGCCCGACUUCAGAACGUGCUGCCCACCGCCCAGUUAUUUGGACAAUAAAUAUUAGAUAGAUUAAAGGAUCUUAAAACCAGCGGGGAGGGGAAUGGUGUCUGAUUUCUGGACGGCAAAGGGCUUUCUAAACUCAAGCGGUGGGAAAAGCCACAGGGGAAAAUAGAUUUGAUUUCUUCAAAGUGUAAAAAUGCUGUAAAACCCUCAUAGAAUUGAAGGGGAAAUAAUUGCAAGAAACGCGAUGUUGAACAUACAUCCUAGAAACCUGUGCACAGCAGUAGGAGAGACACCUGACACGUGUGGACAAAGGACAUAAAAAGGCACCGCUUCGCCAGCGCCCCGGCUCCGCAGGGCAGGGGUGCAGGUGGAGCAGUUUGGGGAGCCCCCGUUGGCACGGACCUGGGAAAGCCACCGGCAGCCUUAACUUCAAGCCCACAAACUCCGCUCCUGGACACCUGUCCUCGAGAGCAAGUCCUCAGGCAGGAGGAGCGUUCCACGCCUCACGGCCGUAGCCAUGAAGCGUCGCAGCGGCGGGCACCGGGCCCGGAGGAAGGGCCGCGGCCUCGCCACGUCGUUCGCUGUGUGGACGCGGGGUUUCCUGGGUGUAGCGCUGUGUGGCCUCGGCGAUCACGCCUCCGGAGGAGAAGGGACGGGGAGCUAAGGCGGACGGGGAGCUAAGGCGGACGGGGAGCUAAGGCAGGCGGGCUCGUUCCACCCUUGCUCUCGCUGGGCUUGACGCUUUUCCCCCGAUUCCAGCCACACGGGCGGGCGAGGCGGGGAGAAACGCUCCGGCACAGGCAGCUGGUCACGCGGUUCCCUGCAGUGUAUGCCUUUUUGAAUCUUUUGAAUUUCGAGCCAUGUAAAUGUAUUAUUUAUUCCAAAAAUAAAUAAAAUUUGCAUUUUAAAGA